AUGUUAUUUCACGGUCUUGCAGCUGUGAAAUUGAUUCGACAUUUGUUUUCCACCUUCCCUUCUUGUGCCUCAAUUGGGGAAGCACUUCUCGUGACCAGUGGUCUUGUUCUCUACUUUGGCGACUUUUUGGCAUGCACAAUUGCAAAGAUUUUCGAGAAAUUGAUACCCGUAGAUCUUGUCUCAAUAAGCUAUGGAAUAAGGAGAACUGAAACCGGCAUAAUCGUCCAGGGUCUACUGCUGGGCCUUCUACUUUUCCCGAUGGUGUUUAGAUUUACUCUGUAUAUAUAUGAAAGCUCGUUGAGAAAGAAAGAUGCUCAACAAAGAAACUGCAGUGUUGUUGCAAAAUCUGUGUUAUUUCUUGUUUCACUUCUAUUUUUUAUGGUCGUGGCUGUUCCUUCUUGGAUGCAGUUUGUACACGAUUUCAACCAGCAUCCUUUCUUAUGGGUGCUCACAUUUGUCUUUUCUGAACCUCUGAAGAGACUUUCAUUAUGUAUCUACUGGGUUCUGUUGAUCGUUGUGUCUGUCUCACGAUUUUAUAACAUCUCGAGGAGUAGCAAGGUUGAGAGAAUCUUGCUUCGGAAGUACUACCAUCUGAUGGCUGUUUUAAUGUUCUUGCCAGCUCUUGUCUUACAGCCUAAAUUUCUCGAUCUAGCAUUUGGUGCAGCAUUGGCGGUAUUUCUUGCAUUGGAGAUCAUUCGAAUCUGGAGAAUUCAUCCCCUCGGAGAGCCUUUACAUCAAUUCAUGAAUGCUUUCACGGACCAUCGUGACUCAGAGUAUCUGAUUGUCAGCCACUUUUCACUCUUACUUGGGUGUGCGCUUCCAAUUUGGAUGUCUUCUGGGUUCAAUGACCGAGCUUUAUCCCCAUUUGCCGGAAUUCUCAGCCUCGGGAUUGGAGAUACAAUGGCAUCAAUGGUUGGGCACAAGUAUGGGGUGUUAAGAUGGAGCAAGACAGGAAAGAAAACGGUCGAGGGUACAGCAGCAGGAAUAACAUCGGUAAUGGCAGUCUGCUUUGUGCUGGUCCCAGUAUUAGCAUCAAUGGGUUAUAUACUAAGCCAAGGAUGGUGGUCGCUUUUUGUGACGGUGACAGCCACCGGGAUGUUGGAAGCUUACACGGCGCAAUUAGACAACGCCUUCAUACCUCUUGUCUUCUACUCACUCCUCUGCUUGUAGGUAGUUUAAGUCGUUGCUCUUUAGUCAUUCUUCGGUGUGUUUUUUUCACUCAAUGUACAUAACAAAGUAUCUUACCACUAACCACACUUCCUCAUGUAUGUUACCUAUUAAGAGACAAAUCAAUUGUUGUACCGUGCCUUUUGAAAGAUA